AUGUCAUCGCGCGAACACUACGAUCCCCCGUCCACCCCUUCUUCAUCCUUACCGCCUUAUUCGAUUACAAGACCUCCGUCACCGCACAUCAAGUAUCCGCCAGAGCCACCUCGCUCUGCAUUCAGCGGCGUGUACAUGCCUACUCUAGCGAUGGACGGGAGUGUCGGCGUGCGCAGUAUGCGACAGCGCAAGGGAGGGCAGACGGCAUCGACACAAGGGCUUCAGCCGGCCACGCAGCGCGCGCUCCAGUUGAGCGGUGUCAUUUCCAAGUCUUCAAGCCACAGCGAUAGGUCGGAGAAGAAGCACCUAGAGCGUCGGCGCUCUCUGCGCGGGGUUGUGGAUCUUCUGGCUCGAACGCUAGCUGGGUACGACUGA